AAACAAAAUACAAUUAGGGGUACAGAACGCCAGACAGCUCGGUCGGCGGGAGAUGUCGGCGGGCGGGGCGCACCAAGAACCCCGCCCGCGUCACGGGUCCCGCCGGCCGCGCCGUCACGCGCCCGCACGCCGGUGCUCGCCCGAGUGGUGGAAGGUGUCGUGGCCGCGCAGGCCCUUCUUCUUGCGACGCCUCCGCACGCGUUCCAGGCCGUCCAUGUGCGCGCCGGGCUCGUGGAGCGUGAGCGGCGGCGCGCCGUCCGCGGCAACGAGCCGCUUGAGGAGGUCGUCGGGCCCGCUGUCGGCGUCGAAGGGGUCGACGAAGUCCAGCAGCGUGCCGUCCGCGCGGAUGACGGCCGUCGUCCGCUUGCCCGUGCACCGGUCCUCGCGGCGGCAGGCGCCGAACUGGCGGAUCACCGCCUCGCCGUUCGAGAUCAGGGGGUAGCCGAAGUCGUGCUCCUCGGCGAAUUUGCGGUUGUAGUCGGGCGGGUCCACCGAGCAGCCGGCUAUUUUAUAACCGGCGGCCUCGAACUGCGGCCGCAGGCGCUCGAAGUUCUCGCCCUCGCGCGUUCAGCCGCCGGUACCCGCCUUCGGGUAGAACCAGAGGACCAGGCCCUUCGGGCCCGUCGCCGACGCGAGCGUGACCUGUUGGCCAUCAUAGUUUUCUCCGACAAAGGCCGGCGCGGCGUCGCCGCGGCGUAGGGCGGCGGCCGCGGGCGCCAGCAGGAGUGCGUACAGCGCGAGGCGGCGACGCAUUUUUUGUGACGUUGUUUCCGCGCGCGUCCCGUUUGCGCGCGCGUCCCGUAGGCCUACAAAGCUCCUCCCAGGGCUGCUAGGCCGGCUGAGGAGCUGGUGGGCGCCGGCGCUUAGCGGGCAGAGUUACGGCUCGGCUCACAAUCGAUCGCAGCGAUCCGAAACCUCGCAGGAACCGCCCAAGGGUGCGUUUUACGCCUACCACCUUCACCGAGACAGUG